AUGGCCGUUGAAGGUAUGGUGGAUUUUUCAAAGAGUCCCAAUGACCAUCAAAAUAUAACGCUUCCGCCUAUUUCUUCUUUUGACAACCUCAUAAAAGCAGCUGAGAAGCAGUAUAUGGGGGAGCGUUUAACCCCUGUGCCCUCAGGGAUAUUUACGGCUCUCGGAAAUAGAGUCAAAAGCAGAGAAGUUAUAAAUCCUAUUGGAACACGGAACAACUCUGGAAUACUCAGUUAUCAGUUCCUAUCUGAGUCACCGUUGGGACCUUCAAGGAUGCACAGCAAGAUUGAUCUUAAUAUGAUUCAUAGUGAUACCACUUCAGAGAUAGAUUCGAUAUCCGCUUCAAAGUCUACCAUCAGAAACUCUGUGUUCCCGAUAGAGGCAUUCAAUAGCGAGAAGAGGAACUCGACCGGUCGUGUGCCAUUAAUCAAGCCAACAUGGUGCUCCUUAAAUGACUCAGAGCAAUCGUCAACGCAAUCGUCAAGGACAACUUCGGCGGAAAUAUCUAGAUCCAACUCUAGUAUUCAGUUACCGAGCCUAUCGUUUAAUAAAAAAAAUGUGGUUAUGAGCAACUCGGACAACUCAACUGAAGCUAUGCAGGGCAAUGCUCUUACACCAAACUCUAUUGAGUAUUCACAUAAGCCUAUAUUGGAAGCCAUAGAUAAGAUGAAAGCUCUGGAAUCUUUGAAGGAAGAGCCACAUCCAUCCAUAUUUUCAGAAGAGCACACACCACCAACUCUUAGUGUACCAAGUGUGAAGACAGAUAUGAAAGUUACUAAGAAGAGGAGGAGAAAGCAGUGUCCAAUUUGUCAUGGCUUCUUCGCCAAUCUGACGACACAUAAAGCUAUUCAUUUGGAACCUGAUAUCAAACCAUUUGUUUGCUCCGUUUGUCAAAGAGGAUUUGUGAGACAAAAUGAUGUUAUGAGACAUGAGAAAAUGCACUGGAAAGAUAAAAUACUCUCUAGUGCUGUGAAAUCAGAGGAUAAUAAAUCUGGUGUAACAGGUUCAAAGUUGACAAUUGCUGAUAAAGAACACUUAAAAUCGCUGCAUUGUAUUAAGGGUACUUAUGAAUGUCCUUACAACUCUGCUCUGAUAGAACUAGAUUUAGAGCUUUAUCCUUAUAAAGGCAAGGAGGUCAAUUUCAUAACAACUCAGUGUCAUAAGACUGGUGUCUUUUCUCGUUGUGAUACUUUUAAGAACCACCUAAAAGCCCUUCAUUUCGAAUAUCCACAAGGCACCAGACGGUCGGAGAGGAGCUUUGUCUCAGGUAAGUGCAAGCAUUGUAAUAUGUCUUUUGCUAAUGUCGAUGAAUGGAUUAAUGAGCAUGUCGGGAAGAAUUGCGGACACACGUAUCACUAA